AUGGAAUCAAGGAUGAGAUCAGAAGGCAAUGAAAUGAAGCAAACUUCAAAUCCAUCAAGAUCAAGUAGGUUGCAAAGUAUUCCACUCAUCCCCAUUGCAACUACACGUUUGACAGGAAGAAAUUACUACUGCUGGAAACGCCAAAUGGAAUUCUUUCUAAAGCAGUUAAAAGUGUAUUAUGUUGUUAUUGAAUCAUGCCCAGAAAUCCCUGUUUCACCAGCAGCAUCUUUGGAAGAGAUCUGUUUGGCCAAAUCACAUGCACAGAUGUGGAUGAAUGAUGAUUACAUCUGUCGCCACAGCAUCUUGAACUCCCUGUCUGACCAACUCUUUGACCAAUACUCAAUUAAAACAACAACGAAUGCGAGAGAAUUAUGGGGGGAGCUUAAGUCACUGUAUGAUGAUGAUUUUGGAACGAAAAGAUGUCAUGUCAACAAUUACAUUCAGUUUCAGAUGAUUGAUGGGGUUUCUGUUGUCGAACAAGUUGAACAACUUCACAGGAUUGCAGGCAGUGUUACAGCCUCCGGGAUACACAUAGAUGAGACUUUUCACAUAAGUGCCAUCAUUUCAAAGCUUCCUCCUUCUUGGAAGAAUGUCAGGGCAAAACUGAUGAUGCAUCAAGAGUAUCUACCUCUUGAUAAGUUGAUAUACUGGUUGAAGGAUGAGGAAGAUUCCAGAAGUAGUCAACAACAACAGAGCCCAUAUUCCUUCAUCCCUCGGUCCCUCCUUCCUUUACUUUCCUCAUUUCAAAUUCUUGGACACACGCUCCAGUCCCACCUCAUUCCUCAUUCUUCUCCUUCACAUUCACAGUCUGCAGCGCUUCAAAUCGAUCAUUUCUUCCUACGCAGGCUCUUAAAUCUUGUAAAAACCCUAAAGAUGGAGUGGAAUCCACAAACCCUACAGUUUCUGUCCCAAUCUUUCCUCGGUACACUCUCCCCUCAACCAGAACCCCGCCGCCACGCUGAGAAAAACUUGUCCGACGCCGCCGAUAAUCCUAACUACGGCCUUGCCGUUCUCCGUCUCGUUGCUGAACCUUCUGUUGACGAGCAGAUCCGCCAAUGCGCCGCUGUUAACUUCAAGAACCAUCUUAAAACCCGGUGGAUGCCCUCAUCUGCUACUCCUAUUCCCGAUAGUGAAAAAGAGCAGAUUAAGACUCUAAUAGUGCCUCUCAUGCUCUCAGCUACCCCGAGAAUCCAGGCCCAGCUUAGCGAAGCCCUAGCUGUGAUUGGGAACCAUGAUUUCCCUAGGUUGUGGCCGGCUUUGCUUCCCGAGCUUAAGGCAAGUCUUGAAACGGCUAUCAACGCGAAUGAUUUUGCUUCAGUUAAUGGUAUUCUUGCUACUGUAAAUUCUUUGUUUAAAAAAUUUCGGUAUCAGUUUAAGAGUGAUCCCCUACUGCUUGAUUUGAAAUACUGCUUGGAUAACUUUGCUGCACCAUUGUCGAGUACUGUUGUGAGUAUUUCGGGUAAGAUAAACGAGGCUGCUGGGUCUGCUGCAACACUCCGUCAGUUGAUUGAAGCACAGAGGAUCUGCUUUAGGAUUUUUUAUUCGCUCAACUUUUUGGAUUUGCCAGAGUAUUUUGAGGAUAAUGCAGAUAAAUGGAUGAAAGAGUUUAAGAAUUAUCUGACUGUGAGGUAUCCAGCUAUAGAGGAUAUUGGUGCAGAUGGUGUUUCACUUGUUGAUGAGCUACGAGCAGCUGUGUGUGAAAAUAUAAGCCAUUACAUGGAGAAAGAGGAGGAACUGUUCCAAAAGUACUUAAAAGAGUUUGUAGAAGCUGUUUGGAGUCUCCUUGUAGUUGCAUCAGCAUCACCCAGCCGUGAACGGUUGACUGUGACUGCCAUCAAGUUUUUGACCAUUGUCAGCACAAGUGUACAUCAUGAAUUGUUUGCUGGUGAUGAGAUAUUGCAGCAGAUUACUCAGAGUAUUGUUAUUCCAAAUGUGAUGUUAAGGGAUGAAGAUGAAGAGCUGUUUGAGAUGAAUUAUGUUGAGUUUAUUAGGAGAGACAUGGAAGGGAGUGACCUUGAUACAAGAAGGAGAAUUGCGUGUGAGCUUCUCAAGGGUAUUGCUGGAAAUUACAAACAGAAGAUCACAGAGAGGGUCUCAACACAGAUACACAAUUGUUUGGCAAUGUUUGCUGAAAACCCAGCUGCUAACUGGAAGUAUAAAGAUUGUGCCAUUUACUUGGUUGUCUCUCUUGCCACAAAAAAGGCAGGUGGUGCUUCAAUCUCAACCGAUCUUGUUGAUGUUGAAAGUUUCUUCAGAUCAGUUAUUGUCCCAGAGCUACAGGGACAAGAUGUGAAUGCUUUCCCAAUGUUGAAGGCAGGUGCAUUGAAGUUUUUCACAAUGUUCCGUGUCUUGAUCCCUAAACCCAUUGCCAUGGCUCUUGUUGGUGAUGUGGUCAGGUUUCUUGGUUCAGAUGUAAACGUGGUCCACUCGUAUGCUGCCACCUGUAUCGAGAAGCUUUUGCUUGUGAAAGACAACAAUGGGGUGCAUUCACAGGCAAGAUACACGUCAAUGGACAUCGGUCCCAUUCUUCCAGUUUUGAUGACAAAUCUUUUUGGUGCGUUAGAGAAGCCGGAAUCAGAGGAGAAUCAGUAUAUUAUGAGGUGUAUCAUGCGUGUUUUUCAGGUUGCUGAUAUAUCCCCUGAGGUGGCUUCACCCUCCAUUACCGGGUUAACCUCAAUUCUAAACAGGGUCUGUGAGAACCCGAAAAACCCGGUGUUCAACCAUUGUCUGUUUGAGGCGGUUGCUACACUUGUGCGAAGAGCAUGUGAAAAGACACCUUCUCUUGUUCCAGCCUUUGAAAGCUGCCUUUUACCGAGCCUCCAGAUGAUCUUGGCUAAAGAUGUGACAGAGUUCUUCCCUUACGCCUUCCAGCUGUUGGCUCAGCUUGUGGAUUUAAGCAGACCUCCUGUCCCUGCACACUACAUGCAGAUAUUUGACAUCUUGUUAACACCCGAUCUGUGGAAAAAGUCUGCAAAUGUCCCGGCUCUCGUUCGUUUGCUUCAGUCGUUUCUCCAGCAGGCACCCAAUGAGCUUAACAGGGAAGGGAGAUUAAGAAAUGUUCUUGGGAUAUUCAACAGGCUCGUGUCCUCACCCAGCACCGAAGAGCAAGGAUUUCAUAUUCUUAACCCGGUGAUUGAGAAUCUUGGGUAUGAUGUGAUGGCAGAAUACAUGAACCACAUCUGGGCUUCCUUGUUUACCCGCCUCCAGAAUAGCAAAACCCCAAGACUUGUUAGGUGUCUGAUUAUCUUUAUGUCUCUGUUCCUGGUGAAGCAUGGGAUACAAACUCUUGUGGACUCCAUAAAUUCUGUUCAGCCGAAUCUGUUUCAUGUGAUCUUGGGCCAGUUUUGGAUACCUAAUCUGAAGACCAUAACCGGGUACACGGAGGUGAAGCUGAGUGCAGUAGCAUCAAGCAAACUACUGUGUGAAUCAGCAUCCCUGUUGGCGUUGGAUCCUGCAGUGGAGGAGCUCUGGGGGAAGUUGCUGGAUGGUAUCGUGACUCUUCUGUCCCUGCCAGAGGAGGACAGAGUUGAGGAUGAACCGGAAGUUCCUGAUUUUGGGGAGGCAACUACUGGUUAUCAAGCCACUUUUGUUCGUCUUCACAAUGCUGAUUCCCGCCACUUAUUACCAAAUAUCUUUCUCCUGCUAAUCAAGCUGCACUUGCUCAGCUAUGUAAUUCCUACAAUCUUGCUAUACUAUAAAAAAACACAGGAUGGCUGGAUUGGAUAUGUGGAUGGAGAUGGAGAGUGGGAUUUCAUACAGUUUUGUUAAAUAGCAGCAGCAGCAGGUGGCAUAUAUAUAAUAUAUAAUAUAUAAUAUAUAUGACCAGGAGUAAAAGGGUGUUUUCUUUCUUUUCUUUUCUUUUAUGUCAUGUGUUGUGUUGUGUUGUGUUGUGUGUAACCAAAGUCAUUGAUUCAGGUAUUAUAUGAAUGAAUACGUUUCUUGUUCCUCA